CGUUGAGCCGUUGACCCAAAGCCUCAGUACGACGGCUUUCUCCCCCCUUCCCCCUUCCCUCCUCUCAUCCCAUUUGCCUGAUAAAACUUCUCCAGAUCCAUUUCCUCCUCGCCACCAAGCGCAGGGGAAGACGGCGGGUUCGGUUGGAGAUAGCUAGGGUGAGGCCGCAAUCCAUUGGCAGCUUAUUAUUCCAUUGAUUCUGCACAAGUGAGUAGCGAAGAGAUGGAAGGAGUCCGGGUGAGUGCCGCCACGGGGGUCCUGAAAUCCCUCCUCUGCAAGCUCGCCGCACUCCUAGAGGGGGAGUACAAGAUGCACAAGGGCCUGAGGCGCGACAUCGCCUUCCUCAAGGACGAGCUGAGCAGCAUGAACGCUCUCCUGGAGAAGCUGGCCGAGGCGGAGGCUCUCGACACACAGCUCAGGGAGUGGAGGGACCAAGUGAGGGAGAUGGCCUAUGAGAUUGAGGAUUACAUCGACAGGUACAUGAAUCACCACAUCCACCGUGAUCCGGACAAGCCUAACGCUGUCAUGGGGCUCUUUUGGAAGGGCGUCUGCAAGGUGAAAAGCUUUGGAGCUCACCAUGAGAUGGCAGUGCAAAUCAAAGAACUCAAGUCCCGCAUCAUCGAGGCAAGUCAGCGCCAUGACAGGUACAGGCUUGAUGCGAUGGUCUGUUCUGCGAGCUCCAAUGCUGUGCGCACUGACCCUCGGUUGCCUGCCCUCUUUGUGGAGGGAGCCAGCCUUGUUGGGAUUGAAGGUCCAAAGGAUGAGUUAAUUAAGUUGGUCACGGAUGAGGAGGUCUCACUGAAGGUUGUUUCUCUCAUAGGCUUUGGAGGGUCGGGGAAGACAACUCUUGCUAAUCAAGUAUACCAAAAAGCUGGUAGACUGUUCAAUUGCCAAGCUUUUGUGUCGGUGUCGCAAAAUCCUGACAUAAGAAAGAUUUUGCGGUCCAUGCUCUCUCAAAUAAGAAAGGAAGACUUUCCCAUUUCUCGAUCGAGUGAUGAGGCGUGGCUCAUCAACUCAAUGAGAGAUUUCUUGAAGGACAAGAGGUAUCUUAUAGUAAUUGAUGAUAUAUGGAGUAUCCAAGCGUGGAAGACUAUCAAGUGCGCCUUGCUUGAAAAUUCCUGUGGUAGUAGAAUAAUAGUGACAACACGAAAUGUCAGUGUUGCCAAGUCAUGUUGCUUCCCUCGCCUUGACCUUGCAUAUGAAUUAAGGCCUCUGACUGAAGCUGAUUCGAAAAUCUUGUUCUUUACAAGAGUUUUUGGCUCUGUGGAAAAAUGCCCACUUCACCUGAAUGAAAUUUCAACUGAGAUCAUAAAAAAGUGUGGUGGUUUACCAUUGGCAAUCAUCACAAUUGGUAGUUUGUUGACCACAAAAUCAGAUAGCAGAGAAGACUGGGUCAGGGUUCGAAAUUCGAUUGGUCGAGGACUUGAGAAAAACCCUCAUGUGGAGGAAAUGGAAAGGAUCUUAUCACUUAGCUAUAAUGAUCUUACUCUCCAACUGAAGACCUGCUUGCUGUAUUUAAGUAUGUAUCCGGAAGAUUAUGAGGUCCAAAUGGAAGAUUUGGUGAGGAGGUGGAUAGCAGAAAGAUUUGUUAAGGUUGAUGGUGGGAAAAAUUUAUUUGACACAGGAAAAGGCUAUUUCUAUGAACUGAUAAACAGAAACAUGAUACAACCAACAUAUAUCAACUAUGAUGGUCAAGCAAUGGCAUGCCGUGUGCAUGAUAUGAUCCGUGAUCUCAUUAUAUCAAAGGCACUGGAAGAAAAUUUUAUCACUUCUAGUGGUCAUCAAACACAUAGCUUGGUCGCACAGCAUAAAGUUCGCCGACUCUCGAUUGACUACCGUGGCCUAGAAAAUGUGAAGACAGUGUCAUCCAUGGUCACUGCUCAUGUUCGAACCCUUGGCGUCUUUGGAUGUACUGGUCAAGUACCUCCCCUUUCGGAAUUUCCAGCCCUGAGAAUGCUUGCUCUAGACAGGAGUGAGAAGUUGGAAAUUGGUUAUCUUAAAAACAUAACAAAGUUGUGUCUGUUGAGGUACCUGCGGAUUGAAGGAAGCUGCAUUACAGAACUCCCUGAACAGAUCGGAGAUCUACAGUGUUUGGAGAUGCUGGAUUUACAUGGUACUGGUAUAAGGGAAUUGCCAACAAGUAUCGUUCAGCUGCUGCAACUGAAACUGCUACUUGUUGAUGGCGCAAAAUUACCACAUGGCAUUGGGAACAUGCAAGGCAUAGAGGAACUGUCAUGCAUAACCGUGGACGACAGCACCUCAAUCAAUCUCUUGCAGGAGCUGGGAGGUUUGACUAGAAUGAGAAUUCUUGGCCUGAAGUUGUGCAUGAGCGCACAUAAGACAAGCACAAGAUAUGUGGAUAAAUUGGUUUCAUCGCUUGGCAAGCUUGGUAGCUCUCAGCUUGAGCGUCUGUCCGUCAAAACGGAUGGUCGUUUGAUUGGCAUUCCAUUUGGUUCUUGGUCCCCGCCUCCCCGUCUCCUGCAGGAGCUAAUCACCUCUGAUUUGUGUCUCUGUCAGAUACCUGAUUGGAUGGCCUCAAUGGCCAGCCUCACCUGCCUUCAAAUCGGCGUUAAUCGAGUGACGCAGGAGACCCUUCUCGUCCUUGGGGGUUUGCCUGUCUUGUUAUCCCUGACGCUGAACUCCUCACAAAAUGCUGAACCCAAACAAAGGCUCGUGGUCAGCAACAACAUGUUCCGAUGCCUGAAGCGGUUCCUCCUCUAUUGUGAGGUGGGUCUUCUGACGUUUGAAGCAGGAGCCAUGCCAAAACUCAAAGCACUCGAAUUUCAGAUUGUGGCGCUCGAAGCGAAAUCUGCGUGCAUCGCUCCCGACCUUGGCAUCAGCAACCUCUGUGCCCUGAGUGAUCUCUGCCUCUGGAUUGACUGCCAGGGUGAAAAGGCUGAGGAGGGGGUUCACGAGCUGGAGUCUGUAAUCAGGAUUGCGGCCAGCCUACUUCCCAACCGCCCUACACCAUAUUUCCAUAGGUUGUAUUGAGGUGGAGAUGAGAACGGCUGAUGCAGCGUAAGCCCAACCCAGAUUGUCUGGAUCUAUUAUCACUUCUCCUAUUUUAUCAAGCUGGGUCUGACAAUCCAAGAAGCUAUCUAGGGUUGUUGUAAACAAUUAUUUUCAUCUCAUAACUCUUGAAUAUAGAUUUCCCCAUCGCCCUAAAUUCAGAAAAUAUAUAUAUAUGGAAAACCAGAGGAAAAGGUAAGAGCUGAAA